AUGUCAAGCCCAGCAUUGCAAUCUGUCAAAAAGUUGGUACAAAAUGGUUCUCGCCUUCGGCUUCCACCACUUCCAUCUCCAAGAGAUCUUAUCAACCUGUACAAACUUCGAGCCAAAAAGCAGCUCUCUCAAAAUUUUCUUCUAGAUAAAAGACUAACAGAUAAGAUAGCAAAAGCUGCUGGUGCUAUUAAAGAUGGUGAUGUAUGUGAAGUUGGUCCAGGUCCGGGAAGUAUCACUAGAUCAAUUUUAAAGCGUGUACCAGGUCGGCUUAUUGUUAUUGAGAAGGAUCCACGUUUCCUACCUUUUCUAGAGAUGUUGCAAGAGGCUUCUCAAGAAAGAUUGAAAGUUGUUUUAGGAGAUAUCUUAUCAGUGGACAUGCAAAAAUUGUUUCGUGAAGAUCUGCGCAUGCAGUGGGAUGACAGGUGUCCAAACAUUCACCUGAUUGGUAACCUCCCUUUUAGUGUGUCCACCCCACUUUUAAUUCAAUGGUUGAGAGAUAUUUCUUUGAGGCAGAAUGCCUGGUCAUAUGGACGUGUAAGAAUGACUCUUACCUUCCAAAAGGAAGUUGCAGAGAGAAUUGUUGCUGAAGCUAAUGGCCGUCAACGUUGUAGAUUGUCAGUGAUGUGUCAAAAUUGGUGUGAUGUAAAGCAUGUUUUUACAAUAUCAGGAUCAUCAUUUGUUCCACCUCCAGAUGUUGAUGUUGGCGUAGUUACACUGAGACCUAAGAUUGAACCAAUUAUAAAGGAGGACUUUCAUCUUGUUGAGAAAGUUGUUCGUCAAAUGUCAACUUUUCGUCAGAAGAAGUGUAUUAGAAGUGCUCAAACAUUAUUUCCACCGCAUGUUCGUGAAGAGAUGGCUGUAAAGUUGUUGCAUUUGGCCGAAGUAAAUCCUGACACUAGAUCUUUUCAAUUAACACUGGAAGAGUUCAAACGCUUGGUAUCAGCAUUCAGUUACAUGUGCCAAGAUUAUCCAAAGCUGCUGAAGUAUCAAUAUGGAGGUAAUAGUAAUGAUAAGGAAUUCUGGGAGAAUAAUGAAAGUAGAGAUCUUGAUAUUGGUGAACUUCUCCCUGGAGAAAAGGAUAUGGAUGUUGAAGAAGUACGAAAAUUGUAAAGUAACCUUGGUCCAGCGUAAAUAAAUUAUGUCUGCAUAGUAGGAACAUGAAA